AUGUCGCCCCAACUCCAGCAACCUGCAACCCCCGCGGGGACAAAGCUUCCGGAGUUCUGGCAGAGCGACCCGGCAUCAUGGUUCCAGCACAUCGAGGCACUUUUCCACCUGCGAGGAAUCGCCGGCGACGACUCCCGGUAUUACUUGGUCGUAACAGCCCUCGACCAGGCGACCACUCGCCGCGCCAUGCAGCUGUUGCGAACGCCUCCACAGCGCGGCAAGUACGCUGCACUCAAGAAUCUUCUGCUUCGGAGAUUUACUCUAACUGACGCUGAGAGGGCAGAUAGACUUCUUUCCCUGCCCGGUUUGGGCGAUAGCACCGCCUUGGAUCUGAUGGACAGCAUGCUGUUGCUGCUGGGCUCCGAGGAGGGCGGGUUCAUUUUCCUGCAUCUUUUCUUGCGGCAGCUACCACCUGCGGCCCGUGCGGUGUUGGCUAACUCCGCUUCUCUGGCCUCCGGCGACUACCGGGGCUUGGCUGAAGAAGCUGACCAGGUGCUUCUGGCUUCCAGACGGUUUGCCGUGCAGAGCGUAGAAGCGCCCCCCCUGCAGACGAUGGAGAACGCGGACCCAGCAGUGGUGGCGGGAGUCGCUACCCGGAAAAGGCGCGAAGCGAGCCAGUGCUUCUUCCAUCAACGUUUUGGCGCCAACGCUCGACGGUGUGUCCCUCCAUGCUCCUUCACGGCCCCGGGAAACUCCAACGCCAGCGUUCUGAGACGUUUCCUGGUGGACUCCGGUUCGCAAGUCAGCCUGUUACCGGCCACGGACGCGGACAGGGCGACAGGUGGCUGCGGGCCGCUGCUGAAUGCCGCCAACGGCUCGUCGAUCGACACUUUCGGCUCCAGGUUGGUGACCGUGUGCUUUCAUGGACGCAAAUUCCAGUGGGACUUUAUCAUCGCCGCCAUCACGCUCGGUUUAGAUUUUUCGGGAAUGGCCGCUGACCAGCCCGAUGACCCCGACAUCCGCACACUCAAAACUGACGGUACAGCGCUAGUGCUCGAGGAGGUGGUAGUUCAGGAUGGCGGUCCCGCCCUCCUCUGCGAUGUUUCCACUGGCCGCCCUCGGCCGGUUGUUCCGGUAGACUGGCGCCGCCAGGUUUUUGACGCAAUACACUCCCUGUCGCACCCUGGCGUUCGAGCUUCCGUCAAGUUGGUUGGUGCCAAGUUUGUUUGGCCUGGCCUUAGGAAGGAUGUUAGGCAGUGGGCAGCCGCAUGCGUGGCAUGUCAGCGCGCCAAGGUCCACCGGCACACAAAGGCGGCCCUCGAACCAUUUCCGAUUCCGGUCAGGCGGUUUGACCACGUGCAUGUAGACUUAGUUGGCCCCCUCCCUCCGUCGCAGGGUUAUACACAUUUGCUAACGAUGGUAGAUCGUACCACCAGAUGGCCGGAAGCGGUUCCUCUUUCCUCCACUGCCUCGGUAGACGUUGCUCGCGCGUUUCUGUCAGCCUGGGUUGCGCGUUUUGGCACGCCGUCUGAUAUCACCUCGGACAGGGGAUCCCAGUUUGUGUCAGAGCUUUGGUCAGCGUUGGCCCAGUCCUUGGGUGUGCAGGUGCACCGUACUACAGCCUACCAUCCCCAAGCUAACGGCUUAUGUGAACGUUUUCACCGGUCGCUUAAGGCGGCUUUGCGUGCGGCGCUCGUUGAUAGCAAUUGGAUUGACCGUUUACCUUGGGUUAUGCUCGGGUUGCGCUCAGCCCCUAAAGAGGAUCUUGCAGCGGCCCCCGCUGAAUUGGUGUUCGGUCAGCCACUCCGCGUUCCGGGGGAAUUUUUACCUGAGGGUUGUACCCCGCGACCGUUUCCCUUUUUGUCGAGGGGGUCCUUGGCUCCCGGCCCGAUUCACCACUGUUUCCCUAAGUCGUUUGUGCCAUCGGAGCUUAAAUCUGCCCGUUUUGUCUUCGUACGUCACGACGCCCACCGUUCGCCCCUCCAACCGCCUUACGAUGGCCCAUUUAGGGUGCUGGAACGCGGUCCUAAAAACUUUGUGCUGGAUAUGGGCGGGCGCAGGGAAUGCGUUUCUCUGGACAGACUUAAACCGGCGCAUUGUGUUGCAGGUGAAGAAAUACUGCCGGGCCAAGUCCCCCGCCGAGGUCGCCCCCCAAAAUCUGUUCGGGUUGAAUGUCUUUCGCCUCCCCCGGACCCUGAUGUUUGUUCUGCUCCACAAGGCACACCCGCUUCGCGGGAUGGACAUUGUAGCCGUUACGGCAGGCGAGUGAGGCCCCCUGACAGGUUUUCUUUUUCCCCAUAACUUGCUGUCUGGGUGUUCG